CGAGAAUUUAAACACAAACUCUCACCCAGUCACGCGGCCUUGCUUUACCUUGGAGGGCAUCACCCCAGUAAUUCUAGCUUCAAAAAAUGGCAGACACUGCAGCAGCAACCCCAAAGAAGACCAAGAAGGCUGGAGCUAAGAAGACAGCCUCUCAUCCCAAGUAUUCUGCCAUGAUCGCCACUGCAAUCACGGCACUGAAGGAACGCGGAGGUUCGUCGCGCCAGGCAAUCCUGAAGUACAUUGUCGCCAACAACAGCGUUGACGAGAAGUCUGCUGCUACUCAACUGAAGCUUGCCCUGAAGAGAGGAGUUGCUGCUGGCACCCUUAAACAAGUCAAGGGUGCCGGUGCCUCUGGCUCCUUCCGCAUCAGCAAACCCGAGGAGCCCAAAGCUGCCGUCAAGAAGCCUGCGAAAAAAGCUGCUGCCAAGAAGCCUGCUGCUAAGAAGACUGUAAAGAAGCCCGCAGCUAAGAAGUCUCCCAAGAAGCCUGCAGCCAAGAAAGCCGCGAAAAAGCCAGCAGCUAAGAAGUCUCCCAAGAAGCCUGCUGCUAAGAAGGCAGCGAAGAAACCAGCAGCCAAGAAAGCCGCGAAAAAGCCUGCAGCAAAGAAAGCCGCGAAGAAGUAGUGUGUGUGUACGUGUUACAGACUGUUCACCUUUGGGUGAAUUUAUUUGACUCCGUAGGAGUAAAGUAUAGAUAUAAUGGUACCUGAUGUCCUCCUGAGGAUGAGAUCUCUUGUAUAUGAAAGUUUAUUAAAUGUUUUUAUAUAUAA